GCAAUGGUUGCUUCUGGCUUGGAUUUUGUUUUUAUUCUGGUCCAAUGAAGUCCAUUGGCAAUGCACUCACGCACACACACCCAAGAGUGUAGGGUACAAUUUUUGAAUUGUAUAAAUAUCCUAUGGCAACACUCGAUUGGCAUCAGUUUGGUUCAAGUCCUUGUGAUCUCAACAACAAUCCUCCUCCAGAUCCUCCACUCACUUUUAUUUAAAGAUAUAUCAUCUUGACAUCAUGAAGGCAUUCAUCGCUACCUCCCUCUUGUUGUGCGCCUCAUCGGCUGUCACCGGGCAAUUCUACGCCAAUGAGCCGUCGUUUUUCCGCCCCUCUUAUCGAGGCGCCCGACAAAACGAGCAAUACCCGGCCUCGCCUGCACAACCGACCCCUGACCCAGUCCAACCCGCUCCCAGGGCCUAUCCCCAACCCCAGCCCCAAUAUGAUGAGCCCGCUUCUUACGCCUUUGAAUGGCAGGUCCAGGACGACUACACCAAGAAUGACUACGGUCACAAGGAAAACCGAGAGAACACCAUCACCAAUGGGGAGUACUUCGUUCUCUUACCCGAUGGCCGUACCCAGAAGGUGACUUACACCGUCGAUGGCUACAACGGCUACCAGGCUGAGGUCAGCUAUGAGGGAGAGGCCCAAUACCCCGCUGAUGCUCCUCAGAGACCCGCUUACCCUCGACCUGAAUAUCGCACAGCCGCCUCUGAGCCUAAGCCCACUUACCAAAAAUCCGCCCCUACCCGAAGCUAUCCUCAACCGACCGCCGCUCCUUCUCCUGCCUACCCCCAGAGAAGCCCAGCUCCUGCCCCUGCCUCUGCCCCCGCUCCGGCCCCUGCUUAUUCUCAGCGAACCUCAGCUCCUUCUUCUGCCCCAGCUCCCGCCCCCAGCUCGUACCAACCCCGUUACCCCCAAUCUCAACCCCAACCCUCCAUCCGUCGAUAUAGCUACAAACCUGCCCCCGUCGAAAAGGAGGAGACUGUGGAGCAAGAUCAAAGCCCCGCUGAAAGCCAAGAUGCUGAAGCUCAAAACGAAUACCAGACCGAAGAGCCUCAAGUUGCCGUGGAACAACCCACUGAGAAGCCGCAAACCUAUGAGACCUACUACAAAUACUUCUAAGGAUUGAGAGGUCCCUUGGGUCCACCGCCUUGUUGCCAUAUUUACACACAAACUAACAACCUUUUUCAUAUUCUUUUUGAGAGCUCUAAAUCGAGCCAGUUGUUACGUAACACUAAAUAGCAUUACGCUAUUUAUAUUUGUCCUCUUUACCUUACACAUUAACCCGGUUCCAUGCAGAGCAUGAAAUAUACUCCCCAACAUAAUGCAAUU